CCUGUCACCAGGACUGUCACCAGGAUUGUCACCAGGAUCGUCCCAGAGCCUGUCCCUGGGAUUGUCCCCAGGACUGUCCCUGAGCCUGUCCCCAAGUUUGUCACCAGGACUGGGACUGUCACCAGGACCGACGCUGUCACUGGGACUGUCACCCAGACUGUCACUGGGAUUGUCCCCGGGACUGGGACUGUCACUGGGAUUGUCACCAGAACUGUCACCACGACUGUUACUGGGAGUGUCACCAGCACUGGGACUGUCACUGGGACCAGCCCCGGGACUGGGAUUGUCCCCAAGACUGUCACCAGAACUGUCACCAGAACUGUCACCAGGAUUGUCCCUGGGACUGUCACCGGGAUUGUCCCCAAGCCCAUCCCCAGGAUUGUCACCGAGAUUGUCACCAGAACUUUCCCUGAGCCUGUCACCGGGACUGUCCCUGGGCCUGUCACCAUCAUUGUCACCAGGAUUGUCCCCAAGAUUGUCCCCGAGCCUGUCACCAGAACUGUCACCGGGACUGUCACGGGGCCUGUCACCGAACUGUCACCAGGAUUGUCCCUGGGACUGUCACCGGGAUUGUCCCCAAGCCCAUCCCCAGGAUUGAUUGUCCCCAAGAUUGUCCCCGAGCCUGUCACCAGAACUGUCACCGGGACUGUCACGGGGCCUGUCACCGGCACUGUCCCCAGGACUGUCCCCGAGCCUGGUAUUGUCACUGGGAUUGUCACCGGGAUCGUCCCAGAGCCUGUCACUGGGAUUGUCCCCAGGACUGUCCCCAA